CUCAGCCACUCUCUUGCGAGUCUUCCAUUAAAGGUUCCAUGUACCACUAGGCUAACGCAGCCGCAGCCCAAAUGUACCUAAUGUUAAAGCCUUGCACAGGAAGGCUACUAAUUUAGCUAAGCCACAACGCCUUUCCACCUGUAUUGCGUUUUUAUAUAUUCUCACUUUUUCAUGUUCCAGAAGAUCCAAGGAAAGUUUUCACAAUGCCGGGACCUACUGUAAUGGCGUGGUACUGUUCUUGGUGUGAAUUUGGUCCAAAUUCUAUUGUGUAUGACGUAGUUUGCCCCAAUUGUCGACAUCUGAAAGGGGAACACGCCAACAUUGGAACUGGAGGCAGUUCCGCACCACCAGAUGGCCCUCAAACUUCAUCUUCUUCGAAGUCACGACGCUCAAAGCUCAAAAUUCGCAAAGGACCGAAGAAUGAGGGAAUAAAAGACAAUAAGAAACACUCUUCAGCCAUACCUGUUACAACUCCUUCUACGACGACAACAGACAUAUCCCUCAACCGAGAGUUAGUUGGUGCGGGAGAUCGUUAUUUGCCGUCAUCAACUUCUUCUUCUUCUUUGCAGUCUCUCGCCGAUAGUAUAACCUCCCUUGCUUCUGUGUCGCCUACAAGUUCUCUUGCUUCGAGUGUGCCCGAGGCAAAGACUGCGUUUCAAAGAGUUUUCAGUCUCUUGAGAUUCUUCUCGGAGCAGUACGACGAGCUCUUGACGAAAGCCUCACCGGAAAAGGUCAGUCGCAACUUAGGGACGUUAUUCAAAAAGUUUGCAAGAGAUCUUGAGAAAGUUGCAACAACUGGCGACGAGAAACAUACAGCAAAGUUUGUUCGGAGCCAUGCCAGGAAGCUCGCACAGGGCCUUGUAGAAUCAUCAAGUCAAGAGACACCUCGUAUCUUGCGCGAUCCAGAACUAGACGAGUCUGAUGAGUCCCAAGCCGAAAAUGUACAAGAAGAUCCAGACGAUUUCCUUGAUUUGGAAGCUUUUAUUAUGACAUCUGAUGCCUUCCAACAGCUACGGCUAGACAUCCAGUUGCUCUUAGGACACACUUACUUGGAGAAGUCUGCUGCCAAUUUUGAUGAUCAUUCGUCAGAUGUGUCUCUUAACAACAAAGAGACUGUGCUUGUUGCGCUCACUUCUUCCAAAGACGGAGAAAGCAGCGUACCACCACGUGGCUGGAAUUUGAAUAGCAUUGGAAAGUAUAUCUGGACUCUUCUCGUACCAGAGCCUCCUAUUCCACGAGGCAUGACCAGAGUAAAAUGGCAAUGUGCAUGUGGAGAAGCGUUAUAUGACGACUAUCUUGAGCUGGAACUUGGAGCGGCCCGCGAAAUGGAACAAUAUCUGCAAACGGUCAAUUAUCGAACACCUCCUCCAAGCGACACAACCAUCCGACGCGCUCCAACGAAACUUCUCCAGCACAUUUAUGAGAUCGUUCAGUUCGUUGUUAACAAGUUGAGAGGCAGAAGAUCACCUGUUCUUGUUGAGACCGAGCUCAGAUACUACUCGGAAAGUCGAGCAACGCGAACCCCUCCCCAUACCUUAGCUGAGGUCUAUUAUCUACUGACGUGCUAUAAUGAUCGAGUUGGCGCAGAGGCUGUCAGGCUCAGGCAGUUAGAUGUGUCUGAUAUCGACAAUGAUCAAGCACUCUUCCAGUGCCUUCAUGCCGAGUAUAGCAUGCUCAGAACACGCUGGUGCCGUUGGCUUUCCCUGUGGAGUCUACAGAGCAUCAGGUUCGCCAAGUUCGAACUAUUCGGGAACGAUUUGAUUGACAUCAAGAAGCUAGAUGAAGUACCCCCUCCAACAAAAGAUUUGGAGUAUCGGCAUGGACCUCCCAACCCCCCUAAGAUCAUUCCCCCACUUGGGCCAGAGUUUCUAAAGCAUAUGUUUCAACACCCUGAGCUUGCAGGAUCGAAUCGGCAUUGCCUCAAUAAGAUACCACGAAGGCUGAGAGAUAGACUGGUGGUCGUUGAUCGAGACUACCCUCCACUUGGUUGGGGUCUGCAGUUUGUUGAAGGAUGGAGCAAGAGGCGGCUCAUGUACGUGGCUGCUGUGAUAUUUGGCCUGGGAAGCUUUAUUGUGAUGAUAUUGGUCUCAGUGUUAGGGCAAAACAUUCAGAAUGCGGGCGCGAUAGCAAGCUUCAUGUUGUCCUUGGUGACAAUCGGUGUUGCUGCUCUGCAGGCAGGAAUGCACAUGUCAUGACGAUGCCGCUAGCUACGGCCUCGGGGUCGAAUUGGCCGCUGAAGUCAGAAUAUCGAAG